AUGCAGGGCAACGAGAGUCAGCCGCCCCAGCCCCUUCGGCGUGGUGAGCAUAAUGCUGCGGCGAUGCUUCCUGUUGAUCCAUCGUUUAUAUUUGACGAGGGAAGAGGCACCGUUCCUUUCACCCAGCAAGGCACUCAGCAGCCAACGCUUUCCGCAUCACGUCAGCGUCCUCGCUUUGCCACCGCGCAGGAUCUUGAUGAUGCCCUCCUGCAAGCCAUUGAAGGUAAAAUUACCCGCAAGAAUGCUUGGGUCUCGAAGGACGCUAGCAACCUGCUGGAGGGCAUCACCCAUACGGUUGAGAGCACAUUAGAUGCUGCAACAACUACCGACGAGUAUUCCAGCUUUGCCAAGGUGGCAACUGUUGUGGAGGGAUGCUCAAAGGUCUGGACAAGUCGCGUUGACAGCACUUACCAGCGCUCCAACCAGAUGGUACGGCGUCUGCUGCGAAACGAAGAGGGCGGUGAUGAUGGCAGCGACGGCGAGAGAAAUGUUGCGGAUGAUGACGCCAGUGGCGAAGGCCCUGCUGCUGCCGCUGCUGCUGAACGCAGGAAGAAGGCUGCCCAACGCCGCACGCAGUCGGUCCGCACUAUCGCAAUGGAUCCGUCAGAAAUCAAUUUGGACGGCAGGGGUCGCAUGACACUUGUUCACACGGGCAUGAAUGCACAGUUUCGUGCCAUCACGGAAAAGUUUGAUCAGGGCAACGCCCAAGGUCUGUUGCUGCACAACACACCAUUGGGGAGCGCGGGAAAUUUGAUUCUCGACGUGGAUUACGCACGCGAUACAGGUCGGGAGUACUCUGCGCGACGUAUUCGACUCUCUGGUGGAUCACGAAAAGUCAAAGAAGAACCGGAGGACGAGGAAACGGUAACGUUCGCUGUUGCUGAAGAAGAGUUCGAUGUUGGUCUUGACGCUCCCCUCGAAUUACCUCCGUUCCAGUCUGUUUUUUUGACAACAGCGUCGGCGGGGCACAGUCCGCUUUCCGGCGAUGGAAGUGUUAGUGGCAGUGGCGCAGGAGGUGGUAACAGACUGAGUGGCAAUAGCAGCAUGAAGGCAGAGGAGGAGGAGGCCUGGCGGCCAUCGAUCAUGUUGCCGUCGCUGCUGCUUCUACCACACACGGCGCCGAUACAGGCGGAGGAACCUGGAGGUGGCCAUAUGAUGACUGCAGGGGAACCACAAGGCCAACCACAAGAAAAUCCACAGGAGCUGGGGGCCGUUACCUCGCUCUUCCCUACAGAAUACCAGCAACAGCAACAGCCUCCUGAGUAUGAUCAUGGCAUGGAUGAUGGGGACUGGGGUGGCGGCAUGGAUUACGGCGAUUUUUGUGACGAUGGCAACACAGUUGCCAGCGUUGGUGUUGCGGAUGGGAGCGAUGCAAAUAGUGAGUUUUUGCGCGAGCGUGCCGUGGCGGAGGCGCGUCAUUUGGUCUCAGGAGCCACGGAGUUAAAUGCCAUGGACGGUUGUCUUUUCGGGGAAAAUCGUCUGGCACUCGAGGCAGAAGACCCCACAUCAUGGUUCCCGCUUGCAGAGCCACCAGCAAAUGCCUUGUUGGGUAGUGGAGCACACAAAAACUCCGAAUUGCUGCGGCUGCACAAGGAGCACCGUGUCGUCCAGGCUUUUGCACAAUCCCCGGGAGCCUCCACACCGGCGAACAAACGUGUUAAGCGAGAGAAGACCGUUGUGUUUGAUCUACCGGGCGAGCUGAUCUCUACCUCUGCUGCAGGAGGCUCUGGAGAUGGUGGGGACGUGGUGAGCUCCUUGUCCUCAUCCUCUUUCCUCCUGAGCGGAAAAGGCUUUGACAGUUCAACCCUCAAGCAGAGCACAACUGUCGGAAAGAACAUUACGUCAAUUGGGAAGGAACUACUGCUCAGUAAGGAUCCAAAUGCCAUUCUUGCAUUUACACAGAGUGCUGUGCAGCGCAGCAGGGCGCAAGAGGCGGGGUUGUUGCUUGCAGAGCCGCCCGUGCCCGGUAAAAGCAUUCCGUCGUAUCUUCCAUAUCCAAUCACCGUGCCGAGUUUCUUUCAGCCCUUUUCAACGUCGCUCUUGCAGUGGAAUCUCUUGCGCAAGUCCGCAACGGGCCAAAAUUUUGCACUCAGCAGCGCUGCACCGUCACGACGCGUGAGUGGCAUGACUGCGAAGAAUGACUGGGAUACAGGGAGGAAUGAAGACUCGCAGAGUCAAUUUGGAAACCACGACGAUGCAGAUGGCGGGGGUAGCGUCUCCGGCACAGUCGGCGCCAUGCCGGCGGAGUUUUUUUACGGCGGUGCUGAGGCCGACGACGAAUUCAUGGGCGCUGGCGGGUACGACGACUACGAUGAGGAUGGCGGUCGCGCUUACGGGGACGUGGAGGACCCGCUGCGGCAAGUGGAGGCGCAAAUAUUGUCAAGCUUCGAGCGGUUAGAGUUGGCGCGGGCAGCAAGCAGCACGGGGACAGUGUUGAACGACGGACGCCGCAGUGGUGCCGAUGAACUCGCUGGCGCUGAUCCAAUGAGGCUUGCGAAAGUCCUGCAGCCGCCACAAACGGCGCUCCCGUCGCAGGUGGACGUUGCGAAGCUGCGGCAGGCGAUGUGGGAGUUGCUGGACGACGCGAUACAACGCAGCUCCGCCGUCAAGGAGCAGUGCCACAAGAGGGAGGUGCGGCAGAAAACGGCGGGUCACAAACGUCGCCGUGCGGCCAAUGGGGAUGAGGACGAGGACGACGACGAGAGGGAUUCGGAGAGGCCGAGUGGGAACGAUUUGCCGCGGUUCAGUGAAAUUGUUAUGCCAAUUUUGCCGCGGGUGCCGACGAUAUCCGCCACCGGCACUCUCUCUCCAGCCUUCUUCUUCUUUUCCAUUCUCUUCCUUGCCAACGAGCACGGGGUGGUGCUGGAGAGUGUUCCGGGGCUGGACGACCUCGUCGUGCAAGGCGUGAGCCACCCAACGACCCCCGCAGCCGCAGAGUAA